GUUUGAGGGUUUAUAACAGUUUGCCAGAAUUAUUUCAGAGUUAAAAAUAUUUUGUGUUCGUUAAAUAUACCACUAUGGAACACAUAGUCAUUAAAACAGAACCUGUCUACGAUUCCGAUAUACCAAGUACAUCUACUGACCAGGAAACGACUUCAACCGCUGGGAUAGCAAUAAAACAAGGGAUCAAAGAAGAAUUGGACUGCACAUAUCAAGAAGACUAUGUCGAUGAAGCCGAGCUAGUUGAAAUAAAAUUCGAAGCCAAAGACAAAACGUUUCUUGACCAAGGAUAUAAAAUAAACAAUAAUGAUAAAGAAAGUGGCAAAAUUAAGGAGGAAGAAAGGGACAGUGACUUUUCUGAAGAAGGCACAUUUGAGACAAAAAUUGAGGUGAAAUAUCAUGGGGUUGAAUGUGAUGAUGUGAGUGGCAAAAAAAAGUUGUUUCAAUGUGAUGUUUGUCCCAAGAAAUAUCAAACAAAGAUGGGUUUGUUUAAUCAUAAAAAGUAUUUUCAUGGAAAAGACGAGCUGGAAGAAUUUAAAUGUGAUAAAUGUGAUUACGUCACUGUCAGGAAAAGUACUAUUAAAAUUCAUUUAAAAAUUCACGACAAACAAAGUUACUUCAAAUGUGAUUAUUGUCAAUAUAAGGCUGCAAAAUUAUUGACUUUGCAUGCACAUAUAUUAAGCAAACAUAAAUUGGAGAAUGAAGGAGAGAAAAAAAUAAAAAUAACGAGUAAAAUCCACGAGUGCCCUAAAUGUUCAUAUUCAACUCUUCAUAAAGCACAUUACGAUAAUCAUAUCAAAAUAUGUUUGAAAUUAAAAAACGCCGAAUCGUACAAAUGUUUUUUUUGUCAAUACAAAAGCAAUCAUAAAACAAACUUGGAUAAUCAUACUUUAACCAAACAUUCCGAUAUGUUAAAUGAAUCCAAUAGGAAUAUCAUAACCUCAAAAAUACACCACUGUCAACUCUGUGAAUAUAGGACUGCAAAAGUUGAUCACCUCAAAUCUCACUUAAAAAAUAAACAUAAAAAAAAACAGUGAUGCCAAAUGUACGCAUUUUAUAUGCUGCAGUGUCAUUUUUUUCAAAUGAUUGUACCAUUUUUUUAAAUUUUUAAUAAAACUAUAUAUAUUUACGUGUUUUACUUCAAUUUACCUUAAAAACUCUUAAUUAUAAAAAUACAUAACAACAUAACCUCACUAUUACACGUUUUGACGUUUCCCCUGGUUUUCCGACGGAAAAAUGGAUUUCAGAGGUGAGUAUUUUAAAUGUUGUUCAGAUUUUAAUUUGAGCGUGAAGUAAGAACAAGUUUUCCCGAAAUAUGUGGCACCCUGUGCCGUGAUCAGCAAUAACAGCCGAUGUCAGUUGAAAUCACAUUGUAGUCCCAUCUUUUC